AUGAUGGACGUCUGGGUCAUUUAUAACUUGGCAAUUAUAAAAACUGCUGCAGUAAACAGGCCUGUGAGUGUGGCCAUUUGUGAUGCAGCUCUUCAUUAUCUGGCCUACAACCUGCUGGUGAGGCUGCUGGGUGUUGGAGUUUUGAACAAAUUUAAGAAAUCAGUGUCUUGUCAGAUUAAAGCAGUGACUGCUCUCCUGAUACUGAUGAGACUGAGGCUCUGCUCUGAUUUACAUCUGCUCCGAGGGAUGCUGGCUAUCCUUUAUACACUCACUGUUUCAGCUCCUUUCCUGCAUUACACGAACAAACAUGAAACGGUCAGUGAAAAGGCUACAGAUGCAACAUCAAGAGCCAUGGCUGCUCUCCCCAGGACCGUCUCCUGUGUGCAGCCCCGUUACCACGUCUCCAGUCGCGUGCCUCUCGAGAUUCAGCAGUUUAUGUCAGGGCAAGAAAUCCUGACUGCCUCCCCUUCAGCUGAAGAAUCACAGCAACCGCUGUCUCAGAGAAACACCCCGAUUGUCUCCACUUCAGCUGGAGCAUCACGGAGCUUCUCUUACCUAGAGAUUUUGUCUCUAUCUGGUCUCCAUGAGCUGAGUCUGCCCCUGGGGACCAAGCACUCCAGGGAGCCCGCUCUUUCAUCAGAAACCUUCACAAGGUUACAACUAUUAGAAGAGAAAUCCUUAAGCCAGAUGGCUGUUCUAUCAAAGUAUGUGGUCAGCAUCCAAGUUGACUGGGCUGAACACCUGCAACUCGGGCAAGGACUUCAACUACCAACUAUGUCCAGGACCCCAGAUAGUUUGUCUAUUUCAAGUUUCAAUGAGCCUAAGAUAAAUGUGCACCAACAAAAUAUGAUGUCUAGAAAUCUUCUAGUUGUACAUGGUAUUCGGAAUAAACAAACUUUGAAAUUUCGAGUCAUUUUGCUGUGUUUAAAUCUUCUUGAGAUCCAUGUUAAAAAAUGGCUACAAUUCCAGAGAUGGGGGCAACCCAGGUACUUGAAGUGCUCCAUGAAGCACAAGAAGAUGGACCCAUUAUCAAGUAACCAGUCUGCAAAUAGCCAGCUAAUUCCAUUCUUCAGGAACGAUACUUUUACCAUCUGUGCUGAAACAACUGGAGGCCUAUUUAGAUCCUAUACACGACCUGGGAAACAGGCCAAAGACACAAGGGCCUAUCAAACCCAGAAUCACAGCGCACUCAACUGUGGCCACAUUCGUCUCUAUAAUGAGACCCUACUUGCCACCUUCACAGGCUCUCAAGCUCUGUCCAUGGACGGCUCCAUGUCCCAGCCCUUGCCAAAUAUUCCAUCUCUCUGUAGUGUGUAUUACUACUACUUGCUGGAGCCAAAUUGCCCAUUCUCCUUGGCACCAUAUUCUUCCACAUUUACCUCAAACUCAACCUCUGUACUUGAGCACAGAGAAAUUAAUGUCAAUGUCCAAUAUCUCACUCUGGGUGCAUGUGAAGCCAUGGAGUGUCACCUGCUACAGAUGCAGCUGCCCCUGAGGAGGGACAUGUUAGCUGUUCUACAGAGAUAUAAGUACACUCAGAGCCUCAUGCCAUAUGGAGGACGUGACACAAUCCAAACUCCUGAGACUGUGGAUACUUCCUGGCUAGGAGAGUCCCCCGGGUCACUUCUCCUAAGGGAACAUACAGUCGUCUUCUAUAGUGCCUGGAGGCUGGUGGAGUCCCAGCCCCAAAAGAAGUUGACUCAACAUUAA